UCUGAAUCAGAGCUUGAGGGAAAAUUAAGGAGAGAGAGAAAGAGAGAUGGAGUACAAGCAUUUCAGCCACCAGCAUAGCUUGAUGAUGUAUCAAGUGCAGCAGGGUCAACAACUUCGUUGCUCCGGCUGCGAAUCCUACUGUCAUGACUCCGUUUACGCUUGCUGGCCCUGCAAUUUCUUCCUCCACCAGCAUUGUGGAAAUGCAAAUCGCUACGUCAAGCACCCAUCCCAUCCACUGCACCCUCUCAUCCUCCUCCCCUCCCCAACUUACUGCAGUGCUACCUUCUUGUGCAACGCUUGUGGUGCACCUGGCAAUGCCUUCUCCUAUUGUUGCGCGCUUUGUGAGAUCGAUCUCCAUGUCCACUGUGCUUUCUUGCCUCCAAAGGUAACCCAUAACUCUCAUCCACAUCAACUUGGCCUCAUCUGUACCAACCCAGCUGACAAGGUGGACCAAAACACGCCUAACUGUAUUUGUAAAAUAUGUAACAAAUUGUUGGAGUCUAAGCACUGGGCCUAUGAUUGUUCAAAAUGUGAUCUUUUUCUUGUGCAUACUUAUUGUGCCACCAAGGAGGUCAAACUGGGAUUGUAUCCGGACGACGCCGCCUCUGAUUCGGAGGCAGUACCUCAGAAUGGUUGUGAAGGUCAGCCGGAGGUUGAAUUGACGGAAGACGCGGUGGUUGAAUUGUAUAAGCUUCAGCUUCAGAUGCAAAUGGCUGACCAGUUUGCACAAAUGAUGUCUUCUUUCAAUCUCACUUCUUUGGCGUGAGUGACUGUCCCCAAGUCAUCACAGAUCCAUUGGUAACAUGCAUCAAGUUCAGUUCUAGUUUUGCAUAUGUAUUUGAAUGAUCAAUAAUAUACAUGGAUCGAUCUAUUUGGUUGAGUCUGUUUUGUUGGAGAUCAACUCUAUGUCUAUGUAAUCAACAAGUUCUAGUUUGUAACCAGAAAAAAUUUCAUGUGUG